CAGCCCGCGGGGGAAGCGGGCACUCAGGGCGGCGGCGGUGGUCGGGCCAUGGAGAGCCUCGAGGGCUCGCGCGGCGAACGGGCGCCGCUGCUGGGCGCGAGCGGGCGCGGCGCCCAGCGGGCGGCGUCGGCGUUCGCGGGCCGGCGCGCGGCGUGCGCGGCCGUGCUGCUGGCGGAGCUGCUGGAGCGCGCCGCCUUCUACGGCGUCACCGCCAACCUGGUGCUGUUCCUGAACGGGGCGCCGUUCGGCUGGGAGGGCGCGCAGGCCAGCCAGGCGCUGCUGCUCUUCAUGGGCGUCAGCUACCUCGUGUCGCCCUUCGGCGGCUGGCUGGCAGAUGCGCUGCUCGGCAAGGCGCGCGCCAUCCUGCUCAGCCUGGCGCUCUACCUGCUGGGCAUGCUCGCCUUCCCCGGGCUGGCCGCGCCCGCCGCGCGCGCCGCGCUCUGCGGGCCCCUGCGCCCCGCGCUCGUGCUCAACUGCUCGGCGCCCGCGGCCAACGCCAGCGCCGCCUGCCCGCCCGCCCCCCGCUACUGCGCGCCCGCCACCUUCGCCGCGCUCGUGCUCGUGGGCCUGGGCGUGGGCACCGUCAAGGCCAACAUCACGCCCUUCGGCGCCGACCAGGUUAAAGAUCGAGGCCCAGAAGCCACCAGGAGGUUUUUUAACUGGUUUUACUGGAGCAUCAACCUGGGAGCGAUCAUUUCGUUAGGAGGCAUCGCCUACAUUCAGCAGAACGUGAGCUUCGUUGCCGGCUAUGUCAUCCCCACCGUCUGCAUCGGCGUCUCCUUUGUGGUCUUCCUCUGCGGCCAGAGCUGCUUCAUCACGAAGCCCCCUGAUGGCAGCGCCUUCACCGAUGUGGCCAAGAUACUGGCCUACUCCUGCUGUCCACAGAGGCGAGUGGGCGAGCGCUGGGGCAGUGGUGAAGGCAUUGGAGUCUUUCAGCAAUCUUCUAAACAAAGUCUGUUUGAUUCAUGUAAGAUGUCUCGUGGAGGGCCAUUUACAGAAGAGAAAGUGGAAGAUGUGAAAGCCCUUGUCAAGAUUAUCCCUGUGUUCUUGGCUUUGAUUCCUUACUGGACAGUGUAUUUUCAAAUGCAGACAACAUAUGUUUUACAGAGUCUUCACUUGAGGAUUCCAGAAAUUUCAAGUAUUACAACCACUCCUCACACGUUCCCGGCAGCCUGGCUGACCAUGUUUGAUGCGGUGCUGAUCCUCCUGCUGAUUCCUCUGAAGGAUAAACUGGUUGAUCCCAUUUUGAGGAGAAACGGCUUGCUCCCAUCGUCCUUGAAAAGAAUCGCAGUUGGAAUGUUCUUUGUGAUGUGCUCAGCCUUUGCUGCAGGAAUUUUGGAAAGCAAAAGACUGGACCUCGUUAAGGAGAAAACCAUCAACCAGACCAUCGGGAAUGUCCUGUAUUACGCUGCUGACCUGCCGAUUUGGUGGCAGAUUCCGCAGUAUGUGCUCAUCGGGGUCAGCGAGAUAUUUGCAAGUAUAGCAGGUCUGGAGUUCGCCUACUCGGCCGCCCCCAGGUCCAUGCAGAGUGCCAUCAUGGGCCUGUUCUUCUUCUUCUCGGGGGUCGGCUCCUUCGUGGGCUCGGGGCUCCUGGCCCUGGUGUCCGUCAGAGCCAUCGGGUGGAUGAGCAGCCACACGGACUUCGGUAAUAUUAAUGGCUGCUACCUGAACUAUUACUUUUUUCUUCUGGCUGCUAUUCAAGGAGCUACUCUCCUGCUCUUCCUUAUUGUUUCUGUGAAAUAUGACCAUCAGCGAUUGAGAGCAAACGGCAUGCCUGCUGGCGGGAGGACCUGACGUUUUAAGCCGGCCAACGGCUGCGUGGACUGCGCCAGCGGUGAAUUAGUGGCCGGAGUGCACUGAGGAGAGGCAAGGUUUUUAAGUCGCCGUGAAAUGUUUGGCUUUCUUAAAACUUGCAUGUUACCUGAAUUAGUUCUUUUUCUACGCAAAUAAACUAGGUAAGUGCCUUACUGCUGCUUCUCCCUGCUGCACCGUGCCCUUCCCAGGAGGGCAGUCCGGGUCGAGGGCAUUGUCUCUCAUCCUUAAAAAGCCCCUCUGCCACUCCUUGUCUGUGUUUCCUUUUUAAGAGAAAAUCCACAGGUGGAGGUCACAGAGUUGUGGGAUUCUGCACACAUAUUGGCUGGCAUACCAGUUUUUAAAAGAAAUAUUUCAUUCCCACAAACCAUAUGUUCGCUCUCUUUUUUAAUUGAUAAACAUCUCCCCAGGCUGAGGAACGAGAGUCUUCUUAGAGGUAAAAAUCUGGCAGAUGCUGUAACAAUUACCGGUGAAGGUUGCAUUUAGGUUUCCUUUAGAAGCCACAGAUCUUGCCACUACCAGGUGUUUUGGUACAGGUGGGAGUGAAUAUGUUAUUUGCUGCUUCAGAAAAAUAAUUAUUUUUUAAACUAUUGACAUUAACUUUUUUUAAAGUAAGAGCAUGCAUUGAGAACCAUUUAGACCUCGUGCCCUGUCUCGAGCUACAAAACAACUUAGAGGGUGUUUUAAACCUUACCUAGUGGGUCCUUAAAGCGUCAUUUUAUUCUUGUUCUGUUGAGACUUAGGACGGAUGGGGGGGCGGGUUGUAAGGAAAAUGCUAUUUUGCAUACAAGUAGCUGGUGUCAUUAAAAACAAUUGGAAGUGUUAAAUGUGAAUUUGAACUCUGUGACUAGUCAUCAACUUUUGUAUUGUUAUUGUACAUGUCUCUAGAGCGUCCAGUUUUUUGAAAUAAACUGCUCUGUAUUUGUU